AUGCAUUCACAACAACACCAACGGAAAAGCAAAGAUUCUGUCAAGAACCUCACUAAUAGGCUGGCUAAUCUCCUUGGGCGAGAGAACUCUGACCCUGACAUUAUUGCAAACUUGGCUACAGAAUUAUCCAAGGAUGGAGAACACAUAUCCCAUAUAACAGUGGGAAGAAGACUGAAGGAACUUGG